ACGGCCAUGCUCUCUCUUGCAUUUUGACAGCUCUCUGAAAAAUAUGGGCCGGUCUUCUCAGUGCAACUGGGUUCAACUCCAGUAGUGGUGCUGUCUGGAUAUGAGGUGGUGAAAGAAGCCUUGAUUGAUCGUGCGGAUGAGUUUGCUACCCGAGGACACAUGGCUAUCGGGGACCGGGCUAAUAAAGGAUUAGGCAUUAUUUUCAGCAACAACGAGGAAUGGUUACAAGUUCGGCGGUUUGCUCUCACCACUCUGCGCAACUUUGGGAUGGGGAAGAGGAGCAUUGAAGAGAGGAUCCAGGAGGAAGCUGAGCACUUGCUUGAAGAGAUCACAAAAACAAAGAGUACGAUCCGCUUUUCAUAUAGCCUACAUUUGCAAAAAAAGGAACGUGCCAAGGGAGCCCAUGUUCUUAGCAGAAGCUGUAGAGUCUCCAUUCUUGGAGAUACUCAAAAGAUGUCGGCAUGUGCUCCUGCAGCAGCGGCUCUAGGCGGCCCUGCUUGAACAGUGGGCAAGGUG